CUUGACAGCAGCAUCGAUGCCCAUCUCCAAUCUGCCAUCCAGAUAUUAGGUAUAGCAAAAUGCUCGUCGCUGUUCUCCCCGCCUCUCCCAAAACAGCUCAGGAGACCAUUCGAGUCCUCCUCGAGGCCGACCAGCUAACCUCCCCGGUCGGGGUGCAUGCCAUCUACCGCGACCUCUCCAAGGCACCCCGCGAAUUCUGCGCGCAUGCCGGCUUCCAUGCCGUCGCGGGCGAUCUCAACGAUGCUACCAGCCUGGAUCUGGGUGGAGCGGACACUGUGUUUGCCAUCACUCCGCCACGGUAUGAUGGAAGCGACAUGAUGCAGUGGGCUACGAUCGCGUCGGAAAAUACCCGGUUGGCGAUUCAGAAGGCUGGGUCGGUGAAACGCUUGGUGUUGCUUUCGAGCAUGGGGGCUGAACAACCGUCGGGGACAGGCGAAAUUCUGACCAACCAUAUUGCAGAAGAGAUCCUCAAGGACGUCGUCCCUGAGAUAAUCUUCAUGCGAUGUGCUUAUUUUAUGGAAAACUGGGCUCCAGCUGUUUUAACAGUCAAAUCGGAUCAGCCGCACUUUGACUCGCCCAUUACCCCUCUGGACUAUGAGAUUCCCAUGGUCGCCGUCACUGAUAUCGGCAAGGCCUGUGCCACGUACCUGAUGGCCAUCCACAUUCCCAAACAUCCCUAUGUCAUCGAGGUGCAAGGUCCACAGGACCACACGGUGAAGGAUGUACAAAAAGCAUUUGAAGAAGCGGCCGGGCAUGCGGUAGAGGUAAGGCCGGUCGAGAAGGCUAGAUUGGCGACGUUUUUUGGACAGUUCCUGCCAGAUGCCUCGGUUGGUCCGUUUGUGGAGAUGACUAUCAGCUUCUUGCCGGGUGGUAUUCUUGCCAGAAAAGCAGAUAAUAAUUCAUCCAAGGACGUUCGACUGUAUCGGGGUCGGACUGAUCUGGGGGAGGCGAUUGGACGAAUGUACAGAUCGCUAUAGGUGAAACUUGCCAGUUAAUUUACUGAUUAAAUGAAAGCCAUUACUUAUCCGUUUAGAUUCCUGGUAGAUCCAGUCAAUGAUCCUGUUCCUGAGACCGUGGGCAUACAAAGCCUCCUCGGAUAUAAAUUUGCAAGCUGCUACUGCCACACCGGGCGAAUUCCGCCGAGCGGGCUUAAACGCCCUUUCAAAUCAUGUAUAUGAUAUUGCAGAUCCAUCACAUCUUGGGUUGCAUGUUCAAGAGAUGGGAUUGGAAACAGAAC